CGAAAGGCGUGCCGGUUAAUGUAAGUCAACUGAAAGUCGCUAAACCAAACACGCCUUAGGAUUGAACCGGACCGCAACAAUUCCACCUCUCGUGAUCUUCCCCAAUUCUGAAAAAGAUCACACUUUCAAGAAAACAGCUUGGAAGAAAAAAGGGAGAACAAAAAAUCUCCGAAAAAUGGCAACUUCAUCCGCCCCGCCUCAAGAUCCGGACCCCUUGAACCCGGGUCUCGAUCAACUUCCGGCCGCCAUAAUCGCCACAGUCAUGUCGAAGCUCGAUAUCCCCUCCAUCCUAUCCCUCGCCUCCACGUGUGAGGCCUGCCGCUCUUGCACCGCUCAGAUCCUAUCCUUCCUCCCCAAUUUCCAUCUUCCCGAUAUCGCGCCGUCGAUCGAUCUGUUGAGGCCCUUGCUACCGCAGAGCAACCCAUACUUGAGGAGCUUGAAGUUGGACUGCACGCGCUUGGACGAUUCUUCUCUGGAUUUGCUCCUUCGUCCCUCUUUGCAGGAUGUUUCCUUAAAAAAUUGCGCUGAUUUUAGCGGCAGGCUGCUGUCACAUCUUGGCCAGAGUUGCAAAGACCUUAGGUUUCUGUACUUGAGUUCAGUUGCGGAGAAAAGGGGAAGAUCAAUUGACGCAGUGCAUCUUGAGGAAUUGCUCACUGGUUGCAGUCACUUGGAAAGUUUUUCUAAACUGGGGAUGGAACAACUGUCGCAUAGUUUGCUGCAACAGUCUUAUUAUUGGUUAGUUUAUCUGCUGUCUCUGAGUUUUCUGUUAUCUGUGACCUUGAUCCUGAUGUUCGACGUCUCCAUAUUCCUCCGCCACAACUUUGCUCGCGUCUGGUCCGUGGCCCCUCCUUCUCUGACCUCCCUCGAGCUCGGUUACAUCUCCUCCGUAAUGGUAACCGAGCUUCUCAGCCCUCCCGCGGCCCCCCCGAACCACCACUUUCCCCCUAACCAUUUUCCUAACCUACAGAGACUUUCCCUCUCGGUCGACUACAUAACCGACACCAUGAUAAACACCCUCUCCACAAACCUCACUUCCCUAACCCACCUCGACCUCCGCGACUCCCCCAUCAUGGAGCCCCGCAUGGCCUUCGACCUCACCAACAACGGCCUCCAAAAAGUCAACUCCCACGGCAAACUCAAACACCUCAGCCUAAUCCGAAGUCAAGAAAUCUCCCCCGCCUACUUCAAACGAGUCAACGACCUCGGCAUCCUCCUCAUGGCCGACAAGUGCUCGUCCAUGGAGAGCAUCUCCCUCGGCGGCUUCUGCCAGGUCACCGACACCGGCUACCGAACCAUUCUCCACUCGUGCUCGAAGCUCUUGAAGCUCAAAAUCUUCAACGGGACCCACCUAACCGACCUCGUUUUCCACGACAUCUCCGCCACGUCACUUUCCCUAACCCACGUCGGCCUCCGUUGGUGCCACCUGUUGACCAACUCGGCCAUCGCCCGCGUGGCGUCCAACCGGGACCUCCUCACGCUCGACUUCCGAGACUGUAAAAGCCUCGGGGAUGAAGCUCUUCGUGCAAUCAACAGCCUUCCGAAGCUAAAAACUUUACUCGUCGAUGGCUGUGAUAUAACCGAUUUGGGCAUCUCGUAUCUGAGCAAGGGCUCGAUGAAAAGCCUCGUUUCUUUAUCGUUGCGCGGUUGCAAGAGGCUCACGGACAGGUGCAUCUCGUUCUUGUUCGACGGGGAUUCGAAUCCGGAGCUCAGAGCGUUGGACCUCUCGAACCUGCCGAGGAUUUCGGAUGCGGGAGUGCUCCAGCUGGCGAGGAGUAGGGUACCGAUAACCGAGCUUCGGAUGAGGCAGUGCCAGCUCAUCGGGGACACGUCGGUUAUGGCGUUGGCUUCGAUGAGGGUAGACGAGAGGGUUUGGUGCGGGAGCACUUUGAGGUUGUUGGAUGUUUACAAUUGCGGUGGGAUUACGCAGCUUUCGUUGCGGUGGCUGAAGAGGCCGUAUUUUCCGAGGCUGAGGUGGCUGGGUGUGACGGGGUUUGUUAAUCGGGAGAUGGUGGAUGAGGUGGCGAGGGGUAGGCCGUAUGUGCACGUGGUGACGCGAGGGGAGGAGCUCGGGGCAGAUCACUGGGAUGAGACGAGCGAUGUUUACGGCGGGGAGGAGGUGGAUGAGUUUGAGGAGUGGCUUCUGGCUGAGAAUAUGGAGGAUGAUGAUGAUGAUGUGGACAUGGAUGACUUGUUUUGAUGAUGAUGAUGUGGACAUGUGUGUGUUACCCUUGUAAUUUGAUUUGUUAUUUAUAUUUGUGUGUGUGUGUGUGUUCUAUGGAAUUAUGUGUGUGGUUACUGGUUUGGAUGUUUUAAUCAGUUGCAUUGUAUUAAUGUAGUUUCAUCCUUCAUAUUGUAAAAUUAUUUUUAGUAAUUUUGACCAAAAAAAUAAAUGGGUUGACUUGUUGUUAGUAG